AUGAAUAAUCAUUAUGAUAAUUAUACUAAAAAUGAUAAUUAUAGAGAAAAUCAAAGUUAUACAGAAAACGACAAUUAUAGAGAAAAAAAUGAUUUAAACAACAAACAUACAGACAACGUCAAAUAUAAUGAAAAUGUUGAUAAUUAUACAAAAAAUGACAAAUAUAAUGAAAAUGUUGAUAAUUAUAGAGAAAAUCACAAUUAUAGAGAAAAUGACAAGUAUAGAGAAAAAGAUAAUUAUAGAGAAGAUAAUUUGAAUGAGAAUUAUUGGUUUAAUGAUCCAAAAUAUAAUCAAAUUAAAUCAAAAUAUUCAAAAGAUAAAAGAAAAUUAAAUUACCAAAUAGACUACAGAAGAGAUAACAGAAGAGAUAACAGAAGUGACUACCAAAGAGACUAUAGGACUGAUUACACAAGAGACUAUAGGACUGACUACAGAAGAAAUGACCAAAAAGAUUAUAGAAGAGUUAACUACCAAACAGAUGACCAAACAGAUGACCGAACAGAUCACCACUCGCGAGAUCACUACCAACAAAAUAACUACACCCGAAACCACUACCAACAAAAUGACCCAAGGGAUCACUACUCCAGAGAUAACUACCAAAAAGAUUACCCAAGAGAUCACUACUCCAGAGAUCACUACCAACAAAAUGACUAUACCCGAAAUCACCACUCGACAGAUAACUACACCCAAGAUAACUACCACCGAUCAAACGACUAUACCCGAAAUCACCAACGAACAAAUGUUUAUAACCGUAAAAAUCAUAAAUUUUAUCAUAACUAUACAUUAGAAAAUGAUCAAUUUGACCGUUCUGUUCGAUCUGUUGGAUCUCGUCGAUCUCAUCGUUCGGAAGAUUCUGUUGGUUCUCAUUGUUCUGUUCGAUCUCAUAGUUCUGUUGGAUCUCGUCGAUCUGUUGAUUCGGAUGAUUCGAGUAUAAGUAUAGGUAAUAAUGAUAUGUAUAUGGAAGAAGAAGAAUUAAUGAAGAAAAUGAUUGGAGUAUCAAAUUUUGAAACAAGUAAAAAUAAGAAACAUGAAAAUAUAAAUCUUAAAACUAUUAAAAAAAAAACUAAAAGAAAAUAUCGACAAUAUAUGAACCGUCGUGGUGGUUUCAAUCAUCCAUUAUCACCAAUACAAUAA